AUGAAGGACUUCAAUGAGUUUAUCUACACUAUGGAGUUGCAGGACUUGCCAAUGUUAGGAAGAUCAUUUACAUGGUGCAAUGAUGUGGAGGGUGAGAGGUGGAGCAGGUUAGAUAGAUUUAUUUUGGACAUUGGCUGGCUUGAGAAAUUCUCCUUUAAGCAGUGGGGAUUAAAUAGAAGUAUUUCUGAUCAUUGUCCAGUUAUCAUUAUGACUGAUGAGAGGGACUGGGGUCCAAAACCAUUCAGGUGUAUUAUAAUGCUUGGAGCUUACAUCCAAAUUUUGUGGUUACAGUUAAGACUGCAUGGAAUAGUUGUCAGAUGGAAUAGUGAAGUGUUUGGUAAUGUGGAUGAAAAACUGAAAAAACCUGAGGAUGAAUUGCAUGAGUGGGACCUAAAUGCUGAGUCUAGAGAUUUGCAGGAGUUUGAGAAAAGUCGCAGAAGAGAGGUGCAAGGUUCAGUUUGGGACCUGAAGAUAAAAAAAGAGAACAUGUGGCAGCAAAAAUCCAGGUUACUUUGGACUGAAAAUGGUGAUAAGAAUUCAAGGGUAAGAAGCCACCAUUCCUACGCAUCAUCUUUGAAAGUGAGAGUGGCAAAAAUUGCCUUCUGUCUUUCUGUGAAAGGCAGCGCGCGAAAAAUCUUCUCCAUGUCCCUAAUCCAAGCUUUUACUCUCAAUAGGGCCUGCAAGAAGCUAGUAACUGUUCUUUUCAUGAUUCUUUCCAUUGACUCUGUUCCACUGACUGAGGACCCAUUUCUGUUACCAUCAUUGGCUAUUACUACAAAGUAA